AUGAUCAUAUUAGAUGCUAGGAACCCUGUCGCUCCGAUUCCCGAAACUUUGGGCUUUUUGGGAUCCAAUCAUAAUUUUUUUUCUAGGAAAAAAGAAUACAUCAACAACAGAAUUGGAACAUCAAAUAUUGAUGGACUUGUUGGAAAACUAAUAGAAAUUGUCCUUUAUAUGGAAAAGAGGAAGAAUAGGCUUCAAAAACUGUUGGGGAAAUUUCAUCCAGAUGAAGAGGGUUCUAGUCUUCCAUCGGGGGAAUUAAUUGAAGUUGAUGGAACGCGAUUAAAAAUAUCCAAAAAAUUGUAUAAACAUGCAGAAAAGGAAAGAAAAAAUGCUUUGAGACUUCACAUUCCUCGUAAAAUAUUGGAAAGUGGAGGAGGGGGAAUUGUUUCUAAAAAAUUUGGAAAGAAAGCUGCAAGAAUUUCAUCUUCCUCAUCACUUACUAGAGCUAUCCCUCCAGGAAUUUCUAAACAAGAAUUAUUGGCUUCGAUUCCAUCAACUUCGAAUUUUAUACCUUUAAAUGAAGAUAUUCAACUAGUUUCUUCUUCUCGUAAACCCCAUCCACUUACAAUCAACGUCCCUACAAUUCCUCCAAAUUCGUCUGCAGUAACUUCAAUUGGGCCUCUUUCUGCAAUUUCCUCAGCUUCUUCAACUGGAGGAGGAGGCCCCUUUUCAACAGGAAAAAGAAGAGGAACAUUGGAUGAUGCCGAUUAUUUGGUUGGGCCGCAAAAAUCUGUUCAAAGAAGAAGGGCUGAUCCUCGUGUUUCUAUGGCUAGUUUAUUAAUGGAAAUGUUGAAUGAAUUGAAAAGAUUUGUGAAGGUUUUAAAUAUUUUUAUUUCUCCUUUUCUUUUUAAAUUUUCUAAAAGUCUACCUAAUUUAUUUUUUAAAUAA